AUGCACGACUGGAGCUGGAACCAGUGGCACAAGGGCCCGUACGCGGAGCAGUAUCAGCAGAAUGUGUACAACGGCUUCCCGUUCCUCCCAGAAUUUGGGAAUCGGCGUCUUGCUCCGACCGAGGAGCCGUUUGUUCGCUGGAGUCCAGGGGGAGCGCAGGGAGCUGGAUGGUAUCAGGGCAAGAGGAAGUUGCAUGGAUUCAAGAGCAAGAAGGUACGACGAGUUGCCAAAGGGCUUUUAAUGGUAAUUUCGCUUUUUGCUGAUCUGGCAUGUGUCGCAGUACUGGGCGCGGCCCGUCGACGGCAAACGGCGCGGACAUUGGGGUCGCAUCAAGGACGGCUUGACGGGCGAAGGAGCGGACGUGUUCGUUGUCGCCAAUGGCGAUCGCCGGACUUUACAUCGAGAAUUGCCGAGCCGUGCGCAUUGGAGCCACUGGGACUCCACCGGGAUGAAGUGGCUGAUGGACGAAGACUGGCGCGCUCGGGUGGAAGACAUGGACUGGUAUCCGCAUCGCAACCUGGGCAGUACGCGCUGGGCCAAAAGGGACGCCAAUGAAGUGUACGAUUUCAAGACACGCAGGUAUGAGCAUAUCACACCUAAGAAUAGGUCGAGGUUCUGGUCGGAUGCACACUGGCCGAAUGGGAAGAGAAGCGACCAUUCGCUGCCGACCUGCUGGAGGAGUUGGGAUGGAGACUGGCAUACGACUGUCCAUCCGACGGCGGGUUUCUGGGCCGGCGGAAGGCCGUUGCGUUGA